ACUCAGAAUGAGGAAAUUUAACGUAAUCCAUGGGAACUUCCUUGUGUAUUGCGCAAUAGCCAUGAGUGAGCACCUCGCAGGCUGCGAGUCGAGACACUGUUUUGUUCAAGGCGUGCUGACGUCGAUUUUCCUUUUAGGCUUGGCCCACGGCAAACAAAAGCUGUUGGUUGAGCUGUCGACUUCUUAAAAGGUUACUUGUAGACACACUACAGUACAGGGAACUUUUCAUCGACACUAUUCAUUCUUCAUUUAUGGCUGAGAGAGGCUACAAUUGGUCUGCGCCGCCACCGCUGCCAUCUUAUGAGAACGCCUGGAAUGGAGCGGACCAGCCUCCGAGCUAUGAGGAAGCUCUCAUGGGCGCCGCCGGCCCUCAACACCUCCAGGCUCCAACCGCAGCUGGUGCUGCAGUGUACCCCAACUCCGGUAGUGCAGCUGGUGCAGCAGUGUACCCCAACUCAGCUGGUGCAGCUGGUGUAGUAGUGUACCCCAACCCUGCCUACCCUCCCCCACCCCACUACCCGCUGCAGGCCGGAGGGGCAUCCUCUGCGUGGCCACACAACACACUGGCACACAAUGGGCAGCGAGUCAUGGCUCCAGCAGCAGCAGGUGCAGCGUACCCCAAUCCCAACAACACCAACCCCGCCUACCCACCCCUGCCCAACUACCAACCGUCUGGAGUUCCACCCGCAUGGCCCCAGAAUGCAGUGGGCCAGGAUAACCAGCGAGUCACGAGCAACGAUGAGCUUCUGGCAUGGUGGAGGAAUGUUGAGCGUAAGUGUCAUGAAGUCAACUUGUGUCUAAACAGACAGGGACAGAUUACUGUACGGUCCUACCGGGCCCAGGCCCAGGGGCCCAAGAGUCAAGGGGGCCCUGAAGCAGGGUUGCCAGAUGAGGCUGAUGUUUUCCAGCCCAAAAAAUGCUCAAACCCCGCCUAGAAACAUAAAAUCCCGCCCAAUUCUAUUGAUUUCUAUGGCAAAAAAUGGGCGGGUUUUUCUGCUAAAUGCCAUUUUUACCCGCACAUGGCCAUCCCAAGCAGCCCAAUUGGGCGGGAAACAACCCAAUCUGGCAACACUGCCCUGAAGCCCAAGCCUUUAUAUUUCCAUUUUCAUAUUGCGUUGAUUGAAAUUGCACCUGACACAACUGGCCCGACUGUGUGGUGGUGGCGGUUAAAUGCAGAGAUUAUUAUGAUCACCAAUUAGGGUCAUAAGACUUAUUCUGAUUCAUAGCAUAUUCAUUUUGUAAGAGUGAUUUAACAUUUUCACGAAAAACUGAAAUUGACCAAAAACUUCAUGCCAAUGCAGCUAACCAACUAUUUUAUGUAUUUCUUUAUUUUGUGAAGAAUGGGAGCGCAUGUCACAUUCAUCUGACAAGGACCCAAGGGAGCUGGCUGGGCAGGUGCAGCGGGUGCAGACUGCCCUCCAGGUGUACGGCGUGCUGAUGAGGACGCACGGCGAGGUCCUGCAGAAGCACGUCGGGGAGCUGCUCCGCGCCUCCAACGACGUCAGCAAGUCCUGCGAGGUGCGUAGGGCGGCCGGGGUCACGGGCGGCUCCACGAAGGCGGUGGGCUCGGCGGCGGCGGUGGCGGGCAUCGUGCUGGCGCCCGUCACCAUGGGCCUCUCCCUGGCUAUCACGGCGGUGGGGGUCGGGGUGCUGGCGGCCGGCGGCAUCGCCAAAUCCAAAAUCAAAGGCCAGGCCGUCCUGAGUCACGACAGGAGAGCGCUGGAGACCAACGUGCAAGACUGCCGGAAGAAGAUGGCCGACAUCGAGGCCUGUCUCAGGUUCAUCCACACGGGCAUGGAUCACAUCAUGCAACAACGCAACCUCUCGAAAGUCUUGAAAGGUGCCGACAUUGAUCCCGCCAGGGUCUCCAAGAUGCUGGACCUGUCCGGCGCGGUGGCUCGAGGCGCGGCGGCGGCAGGAGGGUCGUCAGAUCUCCUCAGGGGCUUCGCAGGGGGGCUCGGCAAGUACUACAGCAAGAAAAACAGCCAGGUGCUGAGGAAGAGCAAAGUGGACAAGUUUGGCAAAUCUCUGUACAAGGUCUCGCAACGACUUCAAAGCACGUUGAAUGACCUCAGAAAGACUGCGGAUUCACUGAGCAGGUUUUGAUACAGUCGGACAUGAUGGUGAGGAUGGCAACCUUUGGAGAAUUUAGGGGUGGGUUCCAUUCUGCGCACUUAUGUCCUCCCUUGCUCACUUGCCUGCUUGUGACCUCAUGAUGAUGUCACUGACGACAGAAAAUUAACUCAAUAUCUUGCAAAAUCUCAAUUCUAAUGUCCUUUUCUCAUUUGCAAUUGGGAUGGUGAAUGAAAAACAGUCCCCCAAAAGUUGUUAGUAGGGCUAGGCUAGUAGGCUGACAGCUGGGAAACAUUAUUGUUUUCUCCGCGGAGGAGGGGCCAGGAGGCCAGGCGAGGCCACAAGCGUAAGUGGAGGACGGGAGUGUGCAUAUUGUAACGCACCCUAGGCCUACAGUGAAAUAAUGUGAAGUCCACAGCUUGAAUUGGGUUAUGGGAGAACAGGCCAGAUCUGAACCCCAGUAUACUGUACUUGUACGUAUAGCCCGUAUAUGGGUGCACAGUAGUGGUGUAGUCUACUUUUUUAUGGUGGGUAUACUGUAUAUUAGAGCAUUUUUUGAAGUGGGUAUACUGUAUAUAUUUGUGCUACUCAAAAUAAUGGAUCAAUCAAAUACUGAAAUCCCUGAAAUUUAGGAGUGGGUGUACUCCGUAUACCUGCGUUCUACGUAGACUACUUGUAGAGUGUUACUUGUGCACAAUCCCUGGUGCUGAACAAAAAGAUUACGUAUUUUUUGAAAAAAGGUUCGCACACUUCUUUGGAUUUUUCUUCUUGAAGUUAUUUUUUCAUCUUUUUAUUUAUCUACGUAGACUACACCACUGGUGCACAAGACUUCCAAACUCCAACUUUUUUGGUCAGACGGCAAUAUUUUCCUUGUCCUACUGGUUCGUCCUUGGGCAGAAUGGAAGUUCAAGCAAUGCUGUGGACUUUGCAUUAUUUUGCUGUGGCUUUAAGUUCUGCACCACACCUGGCCAACAACAUUUACUUCUUAAAGAACACUGUGAACCUUUUAGAGAGCUGUCAAGUAUGACAAUGUGUUGCCUUGCAAUACGCUGACCCCUGUAAUUGGAUGUGAUUCAUACAGUGAAAGUGAAAUCCCCAUUGGGAAACUCUUGACUCCCAUUGUCAUUGUGACAUAGCACUCCACAGCACACAAGUGAACACUGCACACUGCACACAACGAAAUUGCAUUUUAUGCCUCACCCGUGCAAGAGGGCAGCCCCCAACGGCGCCCCAAGGGAGCAGUGCGGCGGGGCGGCACCAUGCUCAGGGAACCUAACUCAUGGAGGACGAUAGGGGAGAGCGCUGGUUAAUUACUCCUACCAACCUGGCGGGCCGGGAGUCGAACCAGCAACCUUUGGGCUACAAGUCUGACGCUCUAACCGCUUCAUACAGUAUAUGCUUCAUAAAACACGAGGGUGUAAAGCAGGGAUGUGUUCAGAGGGUUGCUGGUUCGAAUCCCACCCUUUCACUCUCUAUCUCACUCCAUAGCUGAGGUGCGCUUCAGCAAGGCACCAAACACCACACUGCUCCAGGGGCUGUAACCAAUACCCUGUACUUACAAAGAAACCUUUAAGUUGCCUUGGAUAAAAGCGUCAGCUAAGUGUAAUGCAAUGUUUGUUUGUUAGUGAUUCCUCUUUGUAUAUAAGGUUUAUAUUAUUCUAUUCACGUACCAGAAUGUCGAAUUUGUGUUCAUUGUCUUUCCAAUUUUUUCCAAUUCCUUUGUUUCCUGAUGUGUCAUCAUUUGUAAAUAUUUGGCUGUUCAGACACUGAUCAGUUGAUGUGUUGGCCACACUAAAAACUGUUGCCAUUUACAUUUUCUUGCAACAGCAUCUGGGUAAUAAUGAUAAUGACAUCAUAAUAACAUCGUCCAUUACUUAAUUUUUCCCAUAAUCCAUUUCCCUAAUCCGCUUUGUGAUGAAUACAUUAUCUCUAUUCAACUACUCAGUAUGUUUUUUUUGCACAUUUGUCUACCCCAACUCACAUAAUAUGUUUCUGCACAAUUGCCUUUUUAUUUUUCUGUAGUCUUUAUUUUUUUUCCCUCCAUGACAAUUACCUGUGUUACAUGUGUCUUGAAAUGUUCAUGUCCAUGUGGGCAUUAUGUGUAUUUAUGUGAGCUACUUGACACCUUAAUUUCCCCCCGGGGAUCAAUAAAAUUACUCUACUCUACUCUACUCUAUACUGAAAUGUAAAUUUAAAAAGGUGUCUAACUUCAGACUGAUGCUGUAAAGGGUC